AUGCCUAAAUCAAAACGUUCUAAAUUAGUCACGUUAUCACAAACUGAUAAAAAGGGUAAAGAAGCUAAAACCAAAUUAUUUGAUGAAAUAAGAAAUGCGUUAGAUUCAUAUUCAAAUGUAUAUAUUUUACAAAUGAAAAAUAUAAGAACUCCUGUUUUACAAGAUAUAAGGUCAGAUUGGUCAGAAUCAAAAUUGAUAAUGGGUAAAAGAAAAGUUAUACAAAAAUCAUUUGGUGAAACUAUUGAAGAAGAAUAUUUAGCUGGAUUAGCUAAAUUAACUAAAUUAUUAAAUAAAAGUAAAAACAAGGAAGAAAUAAUACCUGGCGUAUUAUUUACUAAUGAAAAUGAUCAAACAGUUAAAGAUUAUUUUGAUGCAUAUACUAAACAAGAUUACACUAGAGUUAAAUCACAAUCUCCAAUAACAUUUGAAAUUCCUGAAGGAAUAGUAUAUUCAAGGGGUGGUCAAAUUCCAAUUGAAGAAGAUAUUCCAAUGUCUCACUCAUUAGAAGAAACAUUAAGAAAUAAAUACAAAAUCCCCACCAAAAUCAAAAGUGGUAAAAUCAUUUUGGAAAAACCAUACUUGGUUUGUAAUGAAGGUGAUAUAUUAGAUGUUAGACAAGCAUUGAUAUUAAAACAAUUUGGUAUUGCAAGUAGUGAAUUUAAGGUUCCUUUAGUUGGUCAUUUUAAUAAAGAAAGUGGUGAAGUAGAAGAAAUAAUAACUAAAGAUGAGGAAUAA